AUGGUGAACGCCAUUGACAAGCUUAAUGCGAUCGUCGCGGACUCGUUCGUCGGGCGGUGGUUCAAGCUUGAGGGAUCCGGCCAUGUCAAGGAGCGCAUAGGCUCUCGCUUCACUACCGAGCUGCGUGCUGGGAUCACAACAUGGGCAGCCAUGGCGUACAUUAUAUCAGUGAACGCGUCGAUCCUGUCGGACUCCGGCGGGACAUGCGUGUGCAACACAUCCGACCUCUGCGUUACAGAUAGCGAGUACCUUUCAUGCGUGGAGGAAGUUCGCAAGGACAUGAUCACCGCGACCGCGGCGUCUGCUGCGCUCGCCUCCUUCCUCCUCGGCCUCCUCGCCAAUCUGCCCGUUGGUAUGGCCCCCGGCUUGGGUCUGAACGCAUACUUCGCAUACUCGGUUGUCGGCUUCCACGGGUCAGGGAUCGUCACCUACCGCGAAGCGCUCGCGGCGGUCUUCCUCGAGGGCUGGAUCUUCUUCUUCCUCUCCCUCAUCGGUCUCCGGCAAUGGCUCGUCCGCAUCAUGCCCCAGUCGCUCACGCUCGCCGUCGGAGCGGGCAUCGGCCUUUUCAUCGCGUUCAUUGGUCUUUCCCCCAGCGGCCUCAGUGUCAUCGGUGGUGACACAACAAAUUUUGUCGGUCUUGGCGGCUGCAAAGCGGAAGACUACGUGAGCGACGACUUGGCGAACUACUGUGCGCGCCGGAUCUUGCAAAACCCCACGGUCUGGCUCGGUAUCUUCGUUGGAGGCAUCUUCACCGUCCUCAUGAUGCUCUACCGCGUCAAGGGCGCCAUCCUCAUUGGCAUCUUCCUCGUGUCCAUUAUCUCCUGGCCGCGCCCGACCUCCGUCACGCUUUUCCCCCACACCGACUCGGGCGACCAGAUGUUCGACUUCUUUAAGCAGGUCGUCACCUUCCGCCCGCUUUCGCACAUCGGGAACGCGAUCGACUACAACUACCGCUCCGGGCACGUCUGGUACGCGCUCAUCACCUUCCUCUACGUCGACAUCCUCGACACGACCGGCACGCUCUACUCUAUGGCCAAGUUCGCCGGCCUGCGCGACCCGGUCACGAUGGACUUCGAGGGGUCGACGAUGGCGUACUGUGUGGACGCGUUCAGUAUCAGCAUGGGUGCGCUCAUGGGCAGCAGCCCCGUCACCGCGUUCAUCGAGAGCGCGACGGGCAUCAGCGAGGGCGGGAAGACGGGCAUCACGGCGAUUACGACGGGCUUCUGCUUCUUCAUCUCGAUCUUCUUCGCGCCGAUCUUCGCGUCGAUCCCGAGCUGGGCUACUGGAGGCGCGCUGGUGAUUGUCGGCUCGUUGAUGAUCAGGAACGUCCGCGAGAUCAAUUGGGACUACAUUGGCGACGCAGUACCUGCGUUCCUCACCUUGAUCAUCAUCCCUUUGACAUACAACAUUGCAUACGGUGUCAUCGCCGGCAUCUGCUCCUACGUCGUCAUCAACGGCAUUCCCUGGCUGAUCAUGAAGGCGACGGGCAACCGCAUCGUCCCGCCUAACUACGAGAACUCAGAGGAGUGGGUCAUUCCGCCAGGCAGCAUCUUCCCCGGUUGGAUCCUCAAGCUCACCGGCCGCGAAGUCGCCUACGACGACGAGCAGCAUGCGAUGGACGAGCGCGCGGGCAGCACGCACCGCAUCUCGGACGAGACCUCGCAAAUAGAUCGCACCAGCAAGCACACGCUCACCGACUUUGAGAAGGUGACUAGGCCUGUGGCGGUAUGA